AUGGCGCCGUCAUCGCCGCGCGUGCUGCUCGCGCUGGUGUUGCUGGCCGCCGCCACCCUGCCAGCUCUGGGGCUGGAAGCAGCAGCCUGGGAGCUGCGGCUACCCGGUGGUGCCCGUGCCUUUGCCCUCGGACCGGGCGGGAUCUACAGGUUGGACACCACGCGCACACCUCGGGAGCUGCUGGACGUGAGCCGCGAGGGGCCAGCGGCGGGUCAGCGGCUUGGGCUAGGUGCGGGGACUCGGGGCUGUGCGCGCUUGACCAGGAGGUUGCUGCCACUGCAGGUCCGGCUGGUCGCUCGCGGCUCCCCGACAGCUCCGAGCCUAGUUCUAAGGGCGCGCGCCUACGGCUCCCGCUGUGGGAUCCGGCUGUUGCGCCGCUCGGCCGGCGGUGCGGAGGUGCGCUCUCGGGCGGUCCGUUCUGUGCCUGGGCUUAGAGAAGCGCUCUGCUUUCCGGCCCCAGGCGGCGGCGCAGCCUCGCUGUCUUCGGUGCUCGAGGCCAUCACUACCUUCCCCGCCUGCAGCUGCCCGCCGGUGGCCGGGACCCGCUGCAGGCGCGGACCCAUUUGCUUGCCAGGGCCAGGAAGCUUAGUCGGGCUGCGCCUGGUGUGCGCCCUGGGACGCGCGGCCGGCGCCGUUUGGGUAGAGCUGGUAAUAGAGGCGACCUCCAGGACGCCCUCAGAGUCGCCCUCGGUGUCACCAACGUCGCCUAGCCUGCCUCAGCUUCGGGCGGGGGCUGUGCGACGGUCUAGGCGAGGUGCGGGUAGCAGCAAUACGAGCCCGCAAUUCCCGCUGCCCAGCUACCAGGUGUCAGUACCUGAGAACGAGCCUGCGGGCACUGCAGUCAUCGAACUGCGCGCGCACGAUCCAGACGAAGGAGAAGCCGGACGCCUUAGUUACCAGAUGGAGGCGCUGUUCGAUGAGCGCUCCAAUGGCUACUUCCUCAUCGACGCGGCCACGGGUGCAGUGACCACAGCCCGCGCCCUGGACCGUGAGACCAAGGACACUCAUGUACUCAAAGUUAGUGCCGUGGACCACGGCUCCCCGAGGCGCUCAGCUGCCACCUACCUCACAGUAACUGUCAGUGACACUAACGACCACAGCCCGGUCUUUGAGCAGUCCGAGUAUCGAGAGCGAAUUCGAGAGAACCUCGAGGUGGGCUAUGAGGUGCUGACCAUCCGUGCCACCGAUGGGGAUGCACCAUCCAACGCCAAUAUGCGCUACCGUCUGCUGGAGGGCGCAGGUGGCGUCUUUGAGAUAGAUGCGCGAUCGGGCGUCGUGCGCACACGGGCUGUGGUGGACCGUGAGGAGGCGGCUGAGUACCAGCUGCUGGUGGAGGCCAAUGACCAGGGUCGCAAUCCAGGCCCACUCAGUGCCUCAGCCACCGUCCACAUAGUGGUAGAGGAUGAGAAUGACAACUAUCCCCAGUUCAGUGAAAAACGCUAUGUGGUUCAAGUCCCGGAAGAUGUAGCUGUCAACACGGCUGUGCUUCGAGUCCAGGCCACCGACCGGGACCAGGGCCAGAAUGCAGCCAUACACUAUAGCAUCGUUAGUGGCAACCUGAAAGGCCAGUUCUACCUGCAUUCGCUUAGCGGGAGCCUGGAUGUCAUCAACCCCUUGGACUUCGAAGCUAUCCGGGAGUACACCCUGCGCAUCAAGGCACAGGAUGGGGGCCGGCCUCCUCUCAUUAAUUCCUCAGGGCUGGUCUCUGUGCAGGUGUUGGAUGUAAAUGACAAUUCGCCCAUCUUUGUGAGUAGCCCUUUCCAGGCUGCGGUGCUGGAGAACGUGCCCCUGGGCCACUCGGUGCUGCACAUUCAGGCAGUAGAUGCGGAUGCAGGGGAGAACGCCAGGCUGCAGUACCGUCUGGUGGACACAGCCUCUGCUAUCUUGGGGGGCGGAAGUGUCGACCCUGAGAACCCUGCCUCCUCUGGCCCAGACUUCCCCUUCCAGAUCCAUAACAGCUCCGGUUGGAUCACUGUGUGUGCUGAGCUGGACCGUGAGGAAAUAGAACACUACAGCUUUGGAGUGGAGGCCGUGGACCAUGGCUCGCCGCCCAUGAGCUCCUCGGCCAGUGUGUCCAUCACGGUGCUGGACGUGAACGAUAACGACCCGAUGUUCACGCAGCCUGUGUACGAGCUGCGCCUGAAUGAGGACGCAGCUGUGGGGAGCAGCGUGCUGACCCUCAGAGCCCGCGACCGCGAUGCCAACAGUGUGAUCACCUACCAGCUGACGGGCGGCAACACCCGAAACCGCUUUGCGCUCAGCAGCCAGAGCGGCGGUGGCCUCAUCACCUUGGCACUGCCCCUGGACUACAAGCAGGAACGGCAGUAUGUGCUGGCCGUGACUGCGUCCGACGGCACACGUUCACACACUGCACAGGUCUUUAUCAAUGUUACCGAUGCCAAUACCCACAGGCCGGUCUUCCAGAGCUCCCACUACACGGUCAGUGUUAGCGAAGACCGGCCCGUGGGCACCUCCAUUGCCACCAUCAGUGCCACGGAUGAGGAUACGGGUGAGAAUGCCCGCAUCACCUAUGUGCUAGAGGAUCCGGUACCACAGUUCCGCAUUGACCCGGACACAGGCACCAUCUAUACAAUGACGGAGCUCGACUACGAGGACCAGGCUGCCUACACGCUGGCCAUCACGGCUCAGGACAACGGGAUUCCUCAGAAGUCAGACACCACUUCUCUGGAGAUCCUUAUCCUUGAUGCCAAUGACAAUGUGCCCAGGUUCCUGCGAGAUUUCUACCAGGGUUCUGUUUUCGAGGAUGCCCCCCCAUCUACUAGUGUCCUCCAGGUCUCUGCGACGGACCGGGACUCAGGUCCUAACGGCCGCCUCCAGUACACGUUCCAGGGCGGGGACGACGGUGAUGGAGAUUUCUACAUUGAGCCCACGUCUGGUGUGAUCCGCACCCAGCGCCGGCUGGACAGAGAGAAUGUGGCCGUGUACAACCUGUGGGCUCUGGCAAUAGAUCGGGGCAACCCAAAUCCCCUGAGUGCCUCAGUGGAGAUUCAGGUGACUGUCUUGGACAUUAACGACAACCCCCCAGUGUUUGAGAGGGACGAGCUGGAGCUGUUUGUGGAGGAGAACAGCCCCGUGGGGUCCGUGGUGGCAAGAAUAAGGGCCAAUGACCCAGACGAAGGUCCGAAUGCCCAGAUCAUGUAUCAGAUCGUGGAGGGCAAUGUGCCCGAGGUCUUCCAGCUAGAUCUAUUGAGUGGGGACCUCCGUGCCCUGGUGGAGCUGGAUUUUGAAGUCCGGAGGGACUAUAUGUUGGUGGUGCAGGCCACAUCCGCUCCUCUGGUAAGCCGGGCCACUGUGCACAUCCGUCUCCUGGACCAGAAUGACAAUCCACCGGAGCUGCCCGACUUCCAGAUCCUCUUCAACAACUAUGUCACCAAUAAAUCCAACAGCUUCCCCAGUGGGGUGAUUGGCCGCAUCCCGGCCCAUGACCCUGACCUAUCUGACAGCCUCAACUACACCUUUCUGCAGGGCAACGAGCUGAGCCUGUUGCUGCUGGAUCCCGCCACAGGAGAGCUGCAGCUCAGUCGGGACCUGGACAACAACCGGCCGCUGGAGGCGCUCAUGGAGGUGUCUGUGUCAGACGGCAUCCACAGCGUGACGGCUCUCUGCACUCUGCGCGUAACCAUCAUUACAGACGACAUGCUGACCAACAGCAUCACCGUCCGCCUGGAGAACAUGUCGCAGGAGAAGUUCCUGUCCCCCCUGCUAUCCCUCUUUGUAGAAGGGGUGGCCACGGUCCUGUCCACCACCAAGGAUGACAUCUUCGUCUUCAACAUUCAGAAUGACACGGACGUCCGCUCCAACAUCCUGAAUGUCACCUUCUCGGCACUGCUCCCCGGCGGUGCUCGAGGCCGCUUCUUCCCUUCAGAGGACCUGCAGGAGCAGAUCUACCUGAACCGGACACUGCUGACCACCAUCUCCGCCCAGCGCGUGCUGCCCUUCGAUGACAACAUCUGCCUGAGGGAGCCUUGUGAGAACUACAUGAAAUGCGUGUCCGUGCUCAGGUUUGACAGUUCGGCACCCUUUAUCAGCUCCACCACGGUGCUCUUCCGGCCCAUCCAUCCCAUCACUGGCCUGCGCUGCCGCUGCCCACCAGGCUUCACUGGGGACUACUGCGAGACUGAAAUUGACCUUUGCUACUCGAGCCCAUGUGGCGCCAAUGGCCGGUGCCGGAGCCGUGAGGGUGGCUACACUUGUGAGUGCUUCGAGGACUUCACUGGGGAGCAUUGCCAGGUGAACGUGCGCUCGGGCCGCUGUGCCAGCGGAGUGUGCAAAAAUGGGGGCACCUGUGUGAACCUGCUCAUUGGAGGCUUCCACUGUGUGUGCCCGCCCGGCGAGUAUGAGCACCCCUACUGUGAAGUCAGCACCAGGAGCUUCCCACCACAGUCCUUCGUCACCUUCCGAGGCCUGCGGCAGCGCUUUCACUUCACGGUCUCCCUGGAGUUUGCCACCCAAGAGAGGAACGCCCUGCUGCUCUACAACGGCCGCUUCAACGAGAAGCAUGACUUCAUCGCGCUGGAGAUUGUGGAUGAGCAGCUGCAGCUCACGUUCUCCGCAGUGGUGGCCCUGCUGAGGAAAAAGGACACACAGCCAAUCUCUCUGAGCAGUGUAUCUCAGAGAGCCCCCCCUAACCUGUCUCUCUGUGGAUCUCCCUCUCGCUGUGCAGGUGAAACCACAACAACGGUGACACCACAAGUUCCUGGAGGUGUGAGUGACGGGCAGUGGCAUUCGGUGCUGGUGCAGUACUACAACAAGCCCAACAUCGGGCACCUGGGCCUGCCCCAUGGGCCAUCUGGAGAGAAGGUGGCUGUGGUGACUGUUGAUGACUGUGACGCAGCUGUGGCCGUGCACUUUGGAAGUUACGUCGGGAACUACAGCUGUGCUGCCCAGGGCACUCAGAGCGGCUCUAAGAAGUCACUGGAUCUGACUGGCCCUCUGCUCCUGGGUGGUGUCCCCAACCUGCCAGAAGACUUCCCCGUGCAUAGCCGGCAGUUUGUGGGGUGUAUGCGAAACCUGUCUGUGGACGGCAGGAUCGUGGACAUGGCUGCAUUCAUCGCCAACAAUGGCACCAGGGCAGGCUGUGCUUCUCAAAGGAACUUCUGCGAUGGGACCUCGUGUCAGAAUGGGGGCACGUGCGUGAACAGGUGGAACACGUACCUCUGUGAGUGUCCACUCCACUUCGGUGGGAAGAACUGUGAACAGGCUAUGCCACACCCACAGCGCUUCAGUGGCGAGAGCAUUGUGUCAUGGAGUGAGCUCGACAUCACCAUCUCUGUGCCUUGGUACCUGGGCCUCAUGUUCCGGACCCGGAAGGAGGAUGGCGUGCUGAUGGAGGCCACAGCUGGCAUGUCUUCCAGGCUCCACCUCCAGAUCCUCAACAGCUACGUCCAAUUUGAGGUCUCCCACGGCCCCUCCGAUGUGGCAUCCAUGCAGCUGUCCAAGUCCCGUGUAACCGAUGGAGAGUGGCAUCACCUGCUAAUAGAACUGAGGAGCGCUAAGGAAGGCAAGGACAUCAAAUACCUGGCUGUCAUGACCUUGGACUAUGGGAUGGACCAGAGCAUGGUGCAGAUUGGGAACCAGCUUCCCGGGUUGAAGAUGCGGACUAUGGUCAUCGGAGGUGUGUCUGAGGACAAGGUGUCUGUGCGCCACGGCUUCCGAGGCUGUAUGCAGGGCGUGAGGAUGGGGGAGACAGCUACCAACAUUGCCACCCUGAACAUGAAUGACGCCCUCAAGGUCAGGGUCAAGGACGGCUGUGACGUGGAGGACCCGUGUGCCUCAAGCCCCUGCCCACCGCACAGCCACUGCCGUGACACCUGGGAUAGCUACUCCUGCAUCUGUGACAGAGGGUACUUUGGAAAAAAGUGUGUGGACGCGUGUCUCCUGAACCCCUGCAAACAUGUGGCAGCCUGUGUACGCUCCCCCAACACCCCUCGAGGCUACUCGUGUGAAUGCGGCCCUGGCCACUACGGGCAGUACUGCGAGAACAAAGUCGACCUUCCAUGCCCCAAAGGCUGGUGGGGGAACCCGGUGUGUGGCCCCUGUCACUGUGCCGUCAGUCAAGGCUUUGAUCCAGACUGCAACAAGACCAAUGGCCAAUGCCAGUGCAAGGAGAAUUACUACAAGCCCCCGGGCCAGGACGCCUGCCUGCCUUGUGACUGCUUCCCCCAUGGCUCCCACAGCCGUGCCUGCAACAUGGACACCGGCCAGUGUGCCUGCAAGCCUGGUGUCAUCGGCCGUCAAUGCAAUCGCUGCGAUAACCCUUUUGCUGAGGUCACCUCACUCGGCUGUGAAGUGAUCUACAAUGGGUGUCCCAGAGCGUUUGAGGCUGGCAUCUGGUGGCCACAGACAAAAUUCGGGCAGCCAGCAGCGGUGCCAUGCCCCAAAGGAUCAGUGGGUAACGCGGUCCGACACUGCAGCGGGGAGAAGGGCUGGCUUCCCCCGGAGCUCUUCAACUGCACCUCAGGCUCCUUUGUGGAUCUCAAGGCCAUGAAUGAGAGGCUGAGCCGCAAUGAGACAAGAAUGGAUGGGGACAGGUCCCUGCGGCUGGCAAAGGCACUGAGGAACGCCACCCAGCACAAUGGUACACUCUUUGGCAAUGACGUGCGCACUGCCUACCAGCUAUUGGCCCGUAUCCUGCAGCAUGAGAGCCACCAGCACGGCUUUGACUUGGCAGCCACUCGGGAGGCUAAUUUCCAUGAGGUAAGAGGAGGAUGACCCUGCCUAAACCUG